AUGAAUACCAGUGAGCAUAUGGUGCCUUCCGGACAGCACUAUAGUGGCCGGAACCGGGUACCGAAUGUCCACCAGUUUAUGGAGCAGCUCGACUCGCAGAAGCAGGAGCGUGAUGCUGCCAUUGACAACGCUCCAAACGACAACAAGCAGUACGCGGAAGCCAAGGCCCAUAAUAGCACAGAAAGGAUCAGAAAAAAAGACGCACGGACUGUUCGAGAUCCAGUCACAGGCAAGGAUGUAGAGAUUUGUGAUGCCCAAACGGAUUUCAGGGAGGCCGUCGAUCAUCCUCAGAUGACCAUCCCAAAUGAGAGCCUCGGAAAGCCAACGUCAGUCAAGGUCUCAUCUGACCUGUCGGGGGAGGAAUAUCGCUACAAGCAGGAUAUCACAGCGCCACCGGAUCCAGUCCAAGAAGGUUCAACGUCCGACGUGCCUAUCCGCACCGAGAAGACCUCGGUUCUGUUCUACAAGACACCGUCAGUCAGUUACGAACCCGCAUUCGCAGCCCUCGAGAAAAAAGCCAACUUGCUCGUGCUUGGAAUAUUCACUUCCAUCGUCCUCGUUGGCAAUCUCUUCGGUGGCCAGCUCUUGGGGCUCCUUCCAUUGGCAUUCUGUGUAGCCUCCGGCGUCCUUCUCUGGGCCAAGGACGUCAUUCGUCAAGGGAGAGAUGUUGAAUGGUCAAGCGAGCAGGAUCGUGGCGAGACGGCCACCGUCAACCUCAUCCCCGAGUCGGUGGAGUGGAUGAAUACGGCCAUCGGAAUCGUCUGGAGACUCGUCAACCCCGAGAUGUUCUCCGCCGUCGCGGACACACUGGAGGAUGUCAUGGCCGCUUCCGUCCCUGGCAUAAUCGAAAACGUUCGCGUUGCCGACAUAUCCCAGGGUAGCAACCCGAUCCGCAUCCUCAACAUGAGGGCGCUUCCCGACUCUCACGUCAAAGACAUCAAGCGCGAAAUCCACAAAGAAAACGAAAAAAACAUGGAUGCCAACGAGCAGGCAGCGGUCGAAUCGGCCGGCUCCUAUUACAACAUGGAAGUUUCCCUAGCGUACCAUGCCAAACCUUCGGCCGAUGACGUUGCCUCCAAGGCCAAGAACAUGGGCAUGCAGCUUGUGUUCUAUCUCGGCAUCAAGGGUCUCUUCGGCAUUCCCCUUCCCAUCUGGGUAGAGCUCAUCGGCCUUGUCGCCACUGCCCGGGUCCGAAUGCAGCUCACUCCCGAGCCGCCGUUCGUGCGUACCGUCUCCUUCACUCUCAUGGGCCUCCCCAAAGUGCAGGCGGGAUGUACACCGAUGAUUGAAAAUGGUGUGAACAUUCUCAACCUCCCUUUGAUUUCCAACUUUGUCAACUGGGCCAUCCGUGCCGCUGCCUCCAUGUACGUCGCGCCCAAGAGCUUGACGCUGGACAUGAGCAAGUUGCUGCUUGGAGACGACAUCAAGAAGGAAACCCUCGCACUGGGCGUCAUGUUUAUCCGCAUACGCAAGGCUACAGGACUCAGCAAGCAGGAUCAGCGGGGUAGCAAGGGAGGCGGCUCUGACCCGUACAUUGCCGUAUCCUGGUCGAAGUUUGGAAAGCCUCAGUUCUGCACCCGAGUCAUCCAGGACGACCUCAACCCGGUGUUUGAAGAAAGCUGCGGACUGUUGGUAACACCCGAUGUUAUCAAGGCAGAUGAGAAGCUCUCGAUGGAACUAUGGGACAGCGAUCGUUCAUCUGCCGACGACGUCGUCGGCAAGGUAGAGCUCAGUGUGCAGAAGCUCAUCCAGAAUCCUGGAAAGAUGUUCCCGCAGGUCUCGAAACUUCAGGGCAUCAAAGCCGAGAGCAGCAUGCCUGGCGAGCUUCACUGGGAGGUUGGAUUCUUCGGCAAAACAAAGCUCCGAAAGUCGCUCCGUACCCAUGGUCAAGACAUUCAGCGCCCCGAGCCGCCGUCGCAUGUGCCCGAGUUUCAAGACGAAAAGGGCGUGAUCGAGAGCAAGGAGGAGGAUGACGUGGUCCACACCCCGCCCGACCCCAUCUGGCCGUCUGGAAUACUUUCCGUCGUCGUCAGCCAGAUUGUCGGAUUGGAACUUGCCAACAUCAAAGGGUCGGAUGGAAAGCGCAAGGGAAAGGAGUACGAGCCGGCGAGGCCGGAGGCUGGCGAGGUCAAGGAGGAGCAGAGCCGCAAGCUGCCCAGUUCUUACUGCACGAUUCUCAUCAACGACGAGCUGCACUACAAGACGCGCACCAAAGUUGUCUCCUCUCAGCCAAUAUUCAAUGCCGGUACCGAGAGGUUUAUCCGCGACUGGCGGAGCUGCAUCGUGACGGUCGCAGUCCGGGACUCGCGAAACAGGCAGCAUGAUCCCAUCAUUGGCGUGGUACCUCUGAAACUGUCUGACGUGCUCCAGACGAGCAGCGAGUCGACGCGGUGGUACCCCCUCGAGGGCGGCAUUGGAUUCGGUAGGAUUCGCAUCUCGCUCCUAUUCCGCUCCGUUGCGCUUCGAUUGCCUCCUCCUCAACUCGGCUGGGACAUUGGCACGUUCGAAUUUCUGUCCGACGACAUGACGACGACCAACUACGCGCCAUCGAAUCAUGUGAAGCUCCUGCUGCGUACGGGAGGCUCCUCGGCUCGUGUCAAGAAGAAAUUCUCAACCAACAAUGGGGAUGGGAUGACGAUCCAGAUGCAAGGCGUGGGCGGCCGUGGCAAGAUGCGCAUGCCCGUUCGUCACAGGUACAGGUCGCCCAUCUUCAUCGAGUUCCACACAGGCCGUCGGGGUGCCGAUGCGUACAGUGCGCUCUGGCUCCUCGAGCUCACGGAUGGGGAGCAGAAGGAGUUUGAUUUGUCGAUAUUCAAGUGCAACAACGGGGUGCGAUUGUCGCAAAACUACAUCACGCAGGAAAACUACAAGGGGAUCCCGGACUUGAUGGUGGAAGAAGUUGGCCGAGUCAGAUUCCGCGGACGCUUCUCCGCCGGCACGGACUCGGAUCACAUUCGCUUCGUGAGCGACAACGACUCGCGCGAAACCAUCGAGGCUUGGGAGGCAUGCUACGCCGAAGGCGUGCGCGAACAGGUAGUCACGUCGGAGGUGCCACCGCUGGUCCAGAAGCUACACGAGGAGUCCUUGGCCAACGAUGGAGAUGUUGUCGCACAAGCAGACGAGAGAGAAAAACACAAGUGGCUGUCCAGGGAUGGAACAGACUGGAGCGAAGCCUUUGGCAAGGAUCCUCGGAAUCUCGCCGCCAGCGUCUCGCAGGGACGGAAUGACGAAGAGCACGAUGACGACGAAGGAUAUGAUGCCGUGGAUGGCGAUGUAACCGACGAUGACUACGACGACGACGACGACGACGACGACGACGACGACGACGACGCCGCUAAUCUCGACAUCCACGGCACCGAGCAUAGCGAAUCUGUUGGUCGGUCCGCAGCCACCAAAGGACGAGGCGUCGCGUACACGGAGAAGAGCGGCAGCAGCGGUAAGAAUCCAUACAAAGGGUACAAGGAUUACCAGACGCGUCGCCAGGAUCUGCACCGAAAGCACCGGGGUCUGAUGCAGUGGCGGCCGAUGCGGAACGCGCAGUUUGCCGUGGACGAGGCCAAGUUUGCCGUCAGAAGGAUCAAGAGAAUGGGAACCCUCGACGGACGGCAGCCAGACGUGGAGACGGAGGUUUAA